CGAUGCUUUUUGUAACGACACCCGAAAUCUCAACUUUUGUCCUUACAUCUCCUCUCCAACCCCGAUUCUAGAGUGCCAAAAACUAUUGUUCGCAUCUUUUUACUUUCUAAAGCUUCGCCGCUUUCCGUGGACGAAGUGCUGAAGGUUUGGCCCCAACUGACACAAUCCACGACCACGACCACGAACCAGUCGAUCCUCGUGGCAUCGUUCCCACUGCAACCGCACCCUUGCUAGAUGGCCUAGGUCCAGGCUUCAGAGCAACACGGGCUCUUUCGAGUCGGCUGCUCUCAGUUUUCACUACUUCAUUUCUUUCCUUCGUUUCUCACUACUCUAGCCACACCCGUGGCUUCUUGCCAGGACCUUGUUUUCUUCGCGGAUUUGCCGUCGGAUUACGAAACGGUUUCAUCGAGCGUCUGUUUUCCAGGGCAAGGAGAGGCCGUAUAAUACAAAUCGCAGUUUUUCGAAAUGGUUACGCGACGCAUUGUCCGCGCCCUCGUCCAGCUGGCGAUCGCCAGCGUCUGCAGCUUCUUCUUCAUCGUCUUCCUCGAUCGCAAGUUCAGAGUCCUCCCCAAAGCCAUCCACAAUUACAUGCCCCAACACAACCAUGGCCUGAUAGUCACCGACGUCACCAUUGCCCAGUGCUCGGCCAUGAAUCCCUUCGCCUCAUGUAAAUUAGACCCGGAGAAGUGGCAGCGUAUUGAAAAGGACCUCUACCUUGGCAAGAAGUGGGCCAGCCACGCUUAUUUACACGUCGCCCGUAAAAAGGAGGAAGAUUUGCUUGCAGACGACAAGAUAGUUCUCGACAUGUCGGUGGGGAGGUUGGAUCCGACCAACACGGGCAUCCACGGCGACGAUGAGGAGACAUGGGAAGCGCGGCCGCUUGGUCUCUGGGUGAAACGAACAUCCAAUCACAAACUGGGCGAUUCCAAGGAAACUGUGACCACCGUCGACGUCUUGUUUGGUGAUGAUGUCGUCGAGGCACGCGAUGGUUGGUCCAUGGCCGGCGGGACACCUCUGCUGCUUUCUGGGGCUGAUGAUAUCCCGGCGCCUUAUCUCACCAUCCGCCGCGGAACCCAAAAGGGCCCAGUAAAGCCCCAACCCCGCAUUCCCGAGAACGGGAAGUUCAAGAUCAUGCAGAUCGCCGAUCUCCAUCUGAGUACCGGCGUCGGAAGAUGUCGCGAUGCCGUUCCCGACAGUUACAACGACGGCGAAUGUGACGCGGAUCCGAGGACACUGGACUUCAUGGCCAGGAUCCUCGACGAAGAGAAGCCCAAUCUGGUCGUCCUGACGGGUGACCAAGUCAACGGGGAGACGGCACCUGACGCACAAUCGGCCAUCUUCAAGUUUGCCCAGAUCCUGAUCAAGCGCAAGAUACCGUAUGCCGCCAUCUUCGGCAACCACGAUGACGAGGGUUCGCUUGCGCGUGGGGCGCAGAUGAACAUCCUCGAAUCUCUGCCUUAUUCCCUUUCCCGCGCAGGUCCGGACGAUAUCGAUGGCGUCGGAAAUUAUUACGUUGAGGUCCUCGCUCGUGGCAAGUCGGACCACUCUGCUCUGACGCUAUAUCUUCUCGAUUCGCAUUCCUACUCGCCCAACGAGCGCGCGUAUCGUGGCUACGAUUGGAUCAAGGCAAACCAAAUCGAGUGGUUCAAGAACACGGCAAAUAGGCUCAAGAAGAAACACAAGGAAUACACGCAUACGCACAUGGACCUGGCCUUUAUUCAUAUUCCGCUGCCGGAAUAUCGUGAUUCCCACAAUCGCAUCAAGGGUGACUGGCGAGAAGGUGUUACGGCGCCAUACUUCAACUCGGGAUUCCGAGAUGUCCUGGUGGAGCAAGGCGUUCUCAUGGUCAGCUGCGGACAUGACCACGUCAACGAUUACUGUGCUCUUUCCGUCGACGGGGAUCAGAAGCCCGCCCUGUGGAUGUGUUACGGAGGUGGUGCUGGUUUCGGCGGCUACGCAGGGUACGGCGGUUAUCACCGUCGCGUACGACUGUUCGACGUCGACAUGAAUCAAGCGCGGAUCCGGACUUGGAAAAGGCUCGAAUACGGGGACGUUGAAAGUCGCAUCGACGAACAAAUCAUUGUGGAUGCAGGGAAGCUGGUGUUACCGGCGGAGCAUUGAAGGGCAUGAACGGGCCCUUUUUAUUUAUCCUUCUUCUUGCUUUGUUUCUCUGGCAACUGUCGCUCCUUGACCCUUGACAAUUUCAUGAGGGUUGGUUGGAAUAAUUGGCGUUCGGAUGGAUGGUGGUCACCUUAUGCGCCGGAAUGCACAAGAGGGACUUGUUUGAUUUCUUCAAGGUCGCAACUCCAAAUCUGCGAUUUCAUGCCAGUCUCCUGAAUCUCAUUCAUGUCCAUAUCUUGUGGGAAGUCCUUCUCUUGAAGUCUACGAGAGUCGUGAUAAAAGUGAUAAUCCAUGCGAGCACCUGCUAGGUGGAAUGAAGUUGACCGGGGUUCACAAAAUGAUCUGCAGGCGUAUGACGCAGGUUUGAUCGACAUCAGGGUCUCCUUUACGGAUAGGUACUGCCCGAGCUUAUCAUGCCCCCUCUUUCCCGUGUUCUGGUCUCGUUCAAAGAGUCUUACUUCAAAAUCAGAGUCCUGCCU